AUGAGCUCCGUGAGCUGGGGUGGGCUGCCAGCCCUGCUGCUGCCGCUGCUCCUGGGCUGGGCCAGCCCCACCUUCAUCAGCGUGAACCGUGGGGUCAGGGUGUUGAAGGGCAGCUCUGCCUUCCUGACGGGAGACGACCUGGAGUUUGCCAUCCCCAAAGAGAAAGAUGCUUGCAAAGUGGAAGUCGUGAUGAAUGAGCCAAUAACCCAGAGGGUUGGGAAGCUCACUCCACAGGUCUUUGACUGCCAUUUCCUUCCCAAUGAAGUAAAGUAUAUUCACAACGGGUGCCCAAUUCUUGAUGAAGACACAGUAAAGCUUAGACUUUACAGAUUUACUGAGACAGACACUUUCACAGAAACCUUUAUCCUGCGUGUCUAUCUCCUGGAACCAGACUGUAACAUCAUCCGUAUGAGUAACAAUGCCCUGGAGGUGUCUGAAUUCUACGGCCUGUCCCGAGCCAUUGAUAAGAACCUGCUUAGCUUUGAUUAUGAGAGGACACCUACCUUGGAGUGUACAGUCAGGCUGGACCCUGCGGGCACUUGGCUGCCAGCCCAUGGCCAGGUGGUUAUGGUGGAGCCUGGGCCAGAAGAACCUCGUGGAGAUCAGCCACACAGUUUUUUCCCUAAGUCUCAGCUGGGAACAGAACUCAGAUGUCCAGGGGGAAGCUGUGCCCUGGGACUGAAGAGAAUAGGAAGUCUGACGGUGAGCUGUGAGGAGUUCCUGCUGAUGGGGCUUCGAUAUCAACAUAAGGAUCCCCCUUCUCCCAACAUUGAUUAUAUCUCCAUCCGACUGGACCUCACAGAUAGCAGGAGUAAGAUCGUAUACAAGUCAGAGAGUGCGUGGCUGCCCGUCUACAUCAGAGCUGGCAUUCCUAACCAGGCUCCGAGGGCAGCGUUCAUGGCCAUGUUUGUUCUGGAGGUGGACCAGUUCAUCCUGACCUCUUUGACUACGUCAGUUCUGGACUGUGAAGAGGAUGAGACCCCCAAGCCCUUGCUGGUGUUCAACAUUACUAAAGCCCCACUGCAGGGCUUUGUGACCCACCUGUGGGACCACACCAGACCCAUCUCCUCAUUCACCUGGAAAGACCUCAGUGACAUGCAGAUUGCCUAUCAGCCGCCAAACAGCAGCCAUUCGGAAAGGAGACAUUAUGAGGUGGAGCUGGAGGUAUACGACUUCUUCUUCGAAAGGAGCCUGCCCAUGACCAUCCACAUCUCCGUCAGAACCUCAGACACGAAUGCCCCGCGUGUGUCCUGGAACACAGGUCUGAAUCUCCUGGAAGGGCAGUCUCGGGCCAUCACCUGGGAACAGUUUCAGGUUGUUGACAAUGAUGACAUUCGUGCUGUACAGCUGGUCACCGUGGAUGGCCUGCAGCAUGGGCGGCUCACAAUACGAGGGGGGAAAGGCUUCCUCUUCACCGUGGCUGACCUGCAGGCUGGAGUUGUUCGCUAUCAUCACGAUGACAGCGACUCCACCAAAGACUUUGUGGUCUUCAGGAUAUUCGAUGGUCAUCACAGCAUCCGCUAUAAGUUUCCCAUCAACAUUCUGCCCAAAGAUGACAGUCCCCCAUUCCUCAUCAAUAAUGUUAUUAUCGAACUGGAGGAGGGCCAGACCAUACUGAUCCAGGGGUCCAUGCUGAGAGCGUCAGACAUGGACUCCAGUGAUGACUACAUCUUCUUUAACGUCACGGGACCUCCUCAGGCUGGAGAGAUCAUGAAGAAGCCAGGGCCAGGACUGACAGGCUAUCCUGUCCCCGGCUUCCUUCAGAGGGACCUGUUUAAUGGCAUCAUUUACUAUCGUCACUUUGGUGGAGAAAUCUUUGAAGAUUCUUUUGAAUUUGUCCUUUGGGACAGCCAUGAACCUCCAAAUCUCUCAGUGCCACAGGUGGUGACAAUUCAUAUCACUCCAGUGGAUGACCAGCUUCCAAAAGAGGCUCCUGGAGUUUCUCGGCAUCUGGUUGUCAAGGAAACGGAGGUGGCCUACCUAACUAAGAAGCAUCUACAUUUCAUAGAUACGGAAUCGUAUGACAGGGAGCUGGUCUAUACAAUAACAACUCCUCCAUUUUUCUCUUUCAGUCACAGACACUUGGACGCUGGAAAAUUAUUCAUGGUGGAUAGCAUACCAAAGCUAACCAAGAAUCCUGCAGCUCAGGACUUGAAGUCAUUCACUCAGGAUGCUGUGAACUACAGGAAAGUGGCCUACAUGCCGCCCAUGAGUGACAUAGGCCCCCACCUAAGACACGUCCAGUUCACGUUUUCCAUCAGUAACCAACAUGGCGGGGCUUUGCAUGGGAUCUGCUUUAACAUCACUCUUCUCCCAGUGGACAACCAAGUUCCGAAGGUACUCGCCAAUCCCCUGAGAGUGGCUGAGGGCGGUCACUGCGUUAUCAGCACGAAGCACAUCCUGGUUUCGGAUGCGGACACCACACUGGACAGUAUCUACCUCUCCCCGCAGAGACUGCCUCAGCAUGGAAGGGUGGAGCUGGAUGGAUUUCCUCUGAGCACAGGGUGCACAUUUUCUUGGGGAGACCUCCAUGCCUUAAAAGUUAGGUAUCAGCACGAUGGAUCUGAAACACUUCAGGAUGACAUACUCUUGGAGGUCACAGAUGGCACCAAUUCAGUAGAAUUUGUUCUGCACAUCGAGGUGCUUCCCGUCAAUGAUGAGCCACCGAUCCUGAAGCCUGACCUCAACACUCAGAUGCAUUGCUCAGAGGGCGAUGAGGUGGUCAUCACCUCUGAACACAUUUUUGCUACUGAUGCGGACAGUGAUGACUUGAAACUGAUGUUUGUGAUUUCUCGAGGACCUCAGCAUGGGGUGGUGAGGAAAGGCGGAGUCACGGUGGAUCACUUCUCUCAGGGAGAUGUUAUCUUAGGGGCCGUGACCUACAAACAUACGGGUGGUGAGGUUGGCCUGGUGCCUUGUUAUGACACCAUUACAUUAGUGGUUUCGGAUGAAGAAGCAGGCCCUUUUGUGAAUGGCUGUUGCUACAAUGGACCUCACCCAUCUGUUCCUCUUCAUGUGUCCUUUCCGGUGUAUGAUCUCAACAUCACAGUGCAUCCAGUGGACAACCAACCACCUUCACUUGCAAUAGGUACCAUGUUCAUGGUAGAUGAGGGUUUCUCAGCAGCUCUCACCAUUAGUCAUUUGUUGGCUACUGAUCCUGACACGGCAGCAGAUGAUUUGGAAUUUGUUUUGACUUCUCCUCCCCAGUUUGGCUACCUUGAAAACACCCUCCCUUCGGUGGGUUUUGAAAAAAGCAAUAUGGGCAUAAGUAUAGCUUCGUUUCAGUGGAAAGACAUGAAGGCUUUGCAUGUUAACUAUGUGCAGUCCAGGCACCUAAGGGUGGAACCCACAGCUGACCAAUUCACGGUGUAUGUCACAGAUGGGAAGCGUCGUUCCCUGGAAAUACCAUUUUCUGUUAUCAUCCACCCCACCAAUGAUGAAGUUCCCGACUUUGUGGUGCAGAAUAUUACUGUGUGUGAAGGUCAGAUGAAAGAGCUGGAUUCUUCAGUCAUCAGUGCCGCCGACCUGGAUGUGCCUGAGGACCCCUUGCUGUUCAGCAUCACUCACAGGCCCCGCCAUGGCCUCCUCCUCCACGGGGUGUCCAACCCGGACUUUCCUCAGUACCAGCAGCCAGCCGGCCCCGGCCAGAGGCACACACUUGUUUACAACUUUUCCAUGGCGCUUCUCAAGAAUGGAAUGAGGUUGAUGUAUGUGCACGAUGAUUCAGAGAACCUUGCUGAUGACUUCACAAUCCAGUUGUCUGACGGGAAACAUAAGAUACUUAAGACCAUCUCAGUAGAGGUCACCCCAGUCAAUGAUGAGAAACCCGCGCUGAACAAGAAGGCUGAAAUUAUGAUGAGUAUGGGUGAAACUCGUGUUAUUUCUAGUACUGUUCUUUCAGCCACAGAUGGAGACACUCCCAGGGAGAAGAUUUACUAUCUAUUUGACAGGCUUCCCCAAAAUGGGCAACUUCAGCUUAAGAUAGGGAGGGACUGGGUCCCUCUCCGCCCUGGUAUGAAGUGCACUCAGGAGGAAGUGGACCUGAACUUGCUGAGAUACACACACACCGGGGCUAUGGAUUCCCAAAACCAAGACAGCUUCAUCUUCUACCUCUGGGACGGCGACAACAGGUCACCUGCAUUUGACUGUCAGAUCAACAUUAAGGAUAUGGGAAAAGGUGAUAUUGUCAUCCUUGCAAAGCCACUUGUGGUGCCUCAAGGUGACAGAGGUUUCCUGACGACCAGCACCCUCCUGGCUGUGGAUGGAACAGACAAACCUGAGGAGCUGCUCUAUGUCCUCACCUCCCCGCCACGAUAUGGCCAGGUGGAAUCUGUCCACUACCCUGGAGUCCCCAUUUCAACUUUCAGCCAAAUGGACAUCAUAGGACAGGCAGUCUGCUAUGUGCAUCAGAGGAAGGCGCCUGUCCACAGUGACAGAUUCAGAUUCAUUGUCAGCAAUGGACUGCAGACCAAGCAUGGGGUGUUUGAGAUCAUCCUGGAAGCCGUGGACAGAUCCUUACCUGUGGUGACCAAGAACAAGGGGCUGAGACUGGCUGAAGGGGCCACAGGCCUGCUUUCCGCUGACCUCCUUCAGCUGACCGAUCCUGACACUCCCGUGGAGAACCUUACCUUCCUUUUGGCCCGGCUCCCACGACAUGGCCAUCUCUACCUGCGGGGGACCAUGCUGCUUCAACACAACUUCACUCAGCAGGACGUAGACAGCAGGAAGGUGGCCUAUAGGCACUCGGGAAGGGACUCCAGGACUGACUGCUUUACUUUUGUGGCCACAGAUGGGACCAACCAAGGCUUUGUUGUGGAUGGAAGAGUGUGGCAUGAACCUGUUUCAUUCAUCAUCAAGGUGGACCCCUUGGACAAGACAGCCCCGCACAUCUCACACUUGCAUUCCGCCUCUCAAGUGGGGCUCCUGAAAAAUGGCUGUUACGGGAUUUACAUCACCUCUCGCGUGUUGAAAGCAUCGGACCCCGACACCGAGGAUGAUCAGAUUAUCUUUAAGAUUUUACGAGGCCCCCAGCACGGACAUCUGGAGAACACAACCACAGGUGAAUUUAUCCAUGAGAAAUUUAGCCAAAAGGACUUAAACAGUAAGACCAUUCUUUACAUCAUAAACCCGUCUUUGGAAUUUAAUUCAGAUGCCAUGGAAUUUCAAAUUAUGGACCCCACAGGGAACUCUGCCACUCCGCACAUUCUGGAGCUGAAGUGGUCUCACAUUGAGUGGUCACAGGCUGCCUACGAGGUCUGUGAGAACGCGGGCGUGUUACCCUUGGAAAUCACCAGGAGGGGCUAUUCCAUGGACUCGGCCUUUGUGAGUGUGAAGGUCAACCAAGUGUCAGCUACAGUUGGAAAAGAUUUUACAAUGACUCGAUCUAAACUGAUUCAGUUUGACCCAGGAAUGUCAACCAAGAUGUGGAAUAUAGCAAUUACCUAUGACGGAUUAGAGGAAGACGACGAGGCCUUUGAAGUCAUUCUGGACUCCCCCGUGAACGCGGUUCUUGGCAUAAAGACAAGAGCCGCAGUGAAAAUUUUGGACUCCAAAGGAGGACGGUGCCAUCCUCCAUAUUCCUUCAACCCAAGCAAGCACCACGCCUGGAAAAAGAGCUCUUGGCACCCGCCAUCCCCAGGGUCUUCCUUCCCCACCAUGGCUGGUUCCUUCCAUCUGGAAAGAAGACCUCCUCCAUCUUCCAAGCGGCCAGCAGUCGCCAGGGGAGACGGCCCACAGGGCUUUGACUCUACAGAUGUUUAUGGAAUGAGGCUUAGAAGCCGAGGGAAUGGCAAAACAGUCCGUCCAUCCUCUGUUUACAGAAAUGGAACAGACAUUAUCUAUAAUUAUCAUGGAAUAGUUUCCCUGCAACUGGAGGAUGACAGUUCCCCAGUUCACAGAAGGAAGACCAAAGUGCCCAUGAUUAGUGGACCACAAAAGGCAAUCAAAGCGGCAGAAGGACCUCAAGCAGAUAAAGGGGAAUCCACACCCCACUCACACUUCCCCAGACAGAGCCGUUUGCCCUCAUUCCCAAAGAACUGCACGCUGGAAUUGAACGGGCUCUUCCAUUUUGAAGAAAGCCUCCAAAAGCUGUAUAAGUGCGAUGGGAUCAUCUGGAAAGCUUGGAGCCCCCAAACCAAGGUGGUGGGAGACCCAUCCUGUCCAGCCGAGUGGCACCCUCAUUCCGGAUACUGCCACUCCCUGAUCACAGCACCCAGAGGCUCAUGGGACGCAGCUGCCCGAGCUUGCAGGGAACAUCACCUGGGCAGCCUUGUAAGUGUCCUGUCCAGGCAGCACAUGCGAUGGCUCUGGGACUUCAGUGGAAGAAAGCCCUUCUGGAUAGGUUUGAACAACAAAGUGCAUGCUGGCCAUUGGGAGUGGAUUGGCGGUGAGCCUGUCACCUUCACCAACUGGAGCAGGGGGACCCCUCGGCGUUCAAAGCCUGGCAAGAACUGCGUUUUGGUUCAAAGACAAGGAAAAUGGCAAACCAAAGACUGUAGGAAGGGCAACGCUCACAAUUAUGUGUGCUCCAGGAAAUUAUGA